AUGACCGUCAGACGUCGAGCUGUCAUUUUCGGCUGCAUGUUCGCCUUUUUCUUCGUCAUCUUCUUCCGACUGGCCUUACCCUCGGAUGAAUCACCAGAGCAGAAGAUCGCGUCGCGACAAAAGCGCUUUCCAUUAGUUUGGGAACACAUUCACCAGUCUUCAGGUCACGGUGGAGCGUGGUACAUACCGCCACACUGGUUACCCAAAGGAACUCCGCCGCCUGCGAACAUCACCCAUGCUGCCACUCUCGCUGCUGCCGCCGCCGACUCAGCUCCAUAUCAUUUGUCGCAUACUUCGAUACCUCGCAUCAUUCAUCAAGCUUGGAAAAGCACGAAUAUCGAGCACUUUCCUGCAGGCGCGCUUCCCGCCGUCGAGGCAUGGCUGCGAUAUGCGACUGAAUCGGAACCCGAGAUGGCGUAUUUCAUGUGGGAUGACGAAGGUAUCUUCGAUCUGAUGGGCGAUGCCGAGCCGAAACUGCUGUAUCAUUUCGAGGCGCUUCCUCAGAUGGUGGAGAAGGCUGAUGUCUUCCGGAUCGUUGUGUGUAAUUCUGUUGGUGGGGUGUAUGGCGAUAUCGAUACCCAUCCGCUCAGAGCUCCGCAGACAUGGGUUGAUGCUCAGGAUAUUCGUCCGUGGACCGACACCGAAACGAAUACUGUGUUUGCGACGACAACGAACCACGAAGAGCCGGUCAAGCUCAUUUUCGGCAUUGAAGCGGACACGGAGGAGGACAGCGAUACGUAUUGGCGGCACGGCUACCACUACCCUGUUCAACUCACCCAAUGGGCUCUGGCCGGAGCCGCAAACCAUCCCGUCCUCAAUCGCUUCCUCGCCAAUUUCCGCAAACACAUGGAUGCUGUGACCUUUGGCGCCACGAGCGAGGAUGGCAACAUUUCCCAGGAAGCAGCGAUGCAGAAGCUCGACCCGAUUAUGCUGACUGGACCGGCGGCAGUGACCGAAGCGACCAAGAAUUAUCUGGCCGAGAAGGCAAGCCUCCGGUGGCAAGCUUUGUCCGGCCUUCAGGAUGGAGGGCGCACUAAACUUGUGCUCGAUACUCUGAUCUUGCCUAUCACUGGAUUUAGUCCUGGUCGAGGCAAGAUCAAUAAUAUGGGCUCCAAGCCGUUCUCGGAUCCCGCCGCAAGGUUACGACACGAUGCGCAAGGAUCGUGGAAGCAUUUCGAUAUUAUGGUCGAGUUGGGCAAGACUUGCAGGACGCUGUUCGGUGGAUGCAGAGACUGGUCGACCGUACCUGGUUGA